AUGGCAACUAUGCAUCAUAGACGGACAACAACGACGACGAUUGCAUCAUCGUCACGACACGCCCUUGACGAAUACCACACCCAACGUCACCAUGCCGAGGAGGAGGAGGAGGGCGGACAAACGACGACGACAAGCGUGUACAAACGACGAGACGACGAGGGCGUACAAACGACGGGCAGUGACGAUGAAGAUACGGUGAGCGCCCACCACCCACACCCGACGACGAGCCUCAAUAUAUAA